AUGGUUAGCGCAGUGGCCUUUUCGCCGGACGGCCAGGUGGUAGCGUCGGCGUCAAACGACAAAACGGUGCGGCUUUGGGACGCGGCAACGGGGGCGCAUCGCCAAACACUCGAGGGCCACGACGCAGAGGUUAACGCAGUGGUUUUUUCGCCGGACGGCCAGGUGGUAGCGUCGGCGUCAUACGACAAAACGGUGCGGCUUUGGGACGCGGCAACGGGGGCGCAUCGCCAAACACUUCCGUUAGGCCUCACUUAUACUCUCGCUUUCCACUCGUUAUCCAGCACGCUGCUGCUUACUGAUUUUGGAGCUGUGGACCUGCUUACGAACUCUUUAUCAAAUGGACCGUUACCGCCAUCCGAUGACAUAACCUCAUCUCCAAUUUCCUGCAAUAUUGGCUUAAGUCCUGAAAAGACCUGGGUUAUGGUAGGGGAUGCAAAGAUCCUUUGGCUCCCUAUCGAAUAUAGACCAAUUGCGUCUGCAGUUCGAGGGUCAACAAUGUUUUUAGGUUGUUCAUCGGGUCGCGUAAUUCAAAUCGUAGCUGCUAUGCAGUGA